ACCGGCCCUGGUUUUCUGGAAAUCGUCAGCGGUCCGGGGCCAUUAAACGCGUUAUAUGUGUCUUGCAAUUUGAUCCCGCGGCGCUCGGCGCGGUGCCCCGAUCGGAGAGUAAUUUACGCGAAUUCCUGGGCAUCCGGGUCCGUGCGCGCGGCCGGGAUCGGGCCUCCUGGGUUCCUUCGAGCGCCCGAUGCGACCGCCGUCCCCUUCAUUUCCUUCGUUGUCGCGGCAUCAUCCGACACUCGUCGCGACAAUACGCGUACGUCGACGAGAAAGACUAGAUAUUCCCAGCAUUGUUUCGCCGAGUUCCUCGGUGAGUAUUCGCGACGCGUCGCGUCUGACACGGCACGGCGAUAUUCGAUACUGAUUGCGAGUUUGAGCGUCAACAGUGUGACAGUGCGAAUUGCGCUCGUCGCGUAAAGGACUCGUAAUAUUUCUAGAAUCUUUUUUCGCAACUUUCGUUUCCAACUUUCCAGAGUAAAUGAGUGCAAGUUUUUGAGUGAUGCAGGGCAUGAUGCCAGUUAAAACAAAAUCUCGCGUUCCUGAAAAUAUGGGGGUCACAGGUGGACUGGUAGAUGCUCGUGCCAAGCAAGUUUUAAGAGAAGCUGUAGAUACAGUUGUGAACAGCUUUGCAAAACACAGUCAAGGUUAUGGCAGAGUAAAUGUUGUGGAAGCAUUACAGGAAUUUUGGCAAAUGAAACAAGCUAGAGGCGCAGAAUUGAGAAACGGCGCAUUAGUCAUUUAUGAAUCCGUCCCUGGUGCUAAUCCACCUUAUAUUUGUUAUGUAACGCUUCCUGGAGGAUCUUGUUUUGGGAGCUUUCAAAAUUGUCCUACAAAGGCAGAAGCGCGCCGAUCGGCUGCAAAAAUUGCACUGAUGAAUUCUGUAUUUAAUGAACAUCCAUCGAGAAAAAUCACCGAUGAUUUUAUCGAGAAAGCUGUCGCGGAAGCAAGGGCCAGUUUUGCGAAACCUUCGGCAACGCCAAAUGGAGUCAGUAGCCAAGUACAAGGAAGUGGCGACGAGAAAGAAGAUCCAAAUACAGGUAUAGGUGCGUUUCGUUUUAUGUUGGAGUGUAAUCGUGGAAGAACAAUGUUGGAAUUCCAAGAACUAAUGACAGUCUUUCAAUUGCUUCAUUGGAAUGGCUCUUUAAAAGCUAUGAGAGAGAGGCAAUGCAGUAGACAGGAAGUAGUCGCGCAUUAUAGUCAUCGGGCGUUAGACGACGAUAUGCGUAGCCAAAUGGCAUUAGAUUGGGUGGCUAGAGAACACGAGAGUGGUGGCGGAGUCGUGGCAAUGGAAUUGGCUUUAGCCGAACGUGAACUUGAAACUGCGCGGUUAGCGGGACGAGAACUUAGAUUUCCGAAAGAAAAGAAAGACAUACUGAUGCUCGCACACGCACAAGUAUGUCCGCAAUGAGUUCUCUAUUACGAAUGUCAUUAAAAUGAAUGACGCACAAGACUGGCCUUUCGCGAGGGAUGAUAAUAGUUUUGACAAAAAUAGUUUUCUUUUUUUCUUUCUUCGAGAUAUUUUCUACAGUCGAUUUUUAUUUGAGAGCAAUUUUACUUUUAAUAAUUCUUUUUAAGGCACUAACGCACUUUGUAUUGCACAAAUUAUUCCUUCUUUUUUAUAAUAUAUAUCUCAUUGUAGAGCUUUUUCUUAUAUAAAGCAUUCCUGGUGAUAAUAGAUCUUAAAUGGGAUAUUUUGAUAUCUAAGAUUAUUAAGUAUAUAUAUUCAAAUAUAU